AUGGGAGUCUGGGGCGGCUCGGCUGCUGCGUUGGCCUCAGCCUUUGCUCCCCCUUUUGUGGGGAAUGCCUACAGUGCGGCUGUGUUGCUGCUGCUGCUGCUGCAGGCGCAACAGGUGUUACAGGUUGUUGCUGCUGAGGUAGGGACAGACACUUCACAGGAAAAUGCAGCUAAUCAGGGGUCAGGGAUAACUGGUCCGUCGUCCUCCUCAAGUAAGGAGGUAAGACAGCAGCACGCUCUCCCAUCCGAAGCAAAAGACGUCUUAUUUGCUGCUGCUGCUGCUGGUGCUGAGGCAUCUGAAGAUAUUGCAACAGCAGCAGGGGCCCCUGGGGCCCAACAAGAAGAAGACCUUGUCCGGUGGGGGGGCAGCUCCGUCGGGGGGUCCCUCAGCAACUCCCAUAGGUACAGUUUCUUCAGCGGGAGGCCCUCAUGCCCCUCAAGAAAUCCGGAGGCACAAGAAAAAAGGAUGAGAGCUGCUGCAGCUGCAGGCGCUGCUCUGCUGCAGAGUCAUUUUGUGCAUCAGGAAAGGUGGCUGCUGCUGCAGCGUAGCAAGCAGAAAAAGCUCGAAGCUGCUCAGCAGCAAGCACAGCAGCCACAGCAACAACUCCAGCAGCAACAACAGCGGCAACAACCGCAGCAGCAGCUGCAGCAGCAGCAUCAGGUUCCAUCAGCUGGCGGUGUCCAAGAAGAAGGGACUAGGUUAGGUGUCCCCCGAGAGCAGAAGGUUGGCACAUCAAUGAAGGACGUUUUGGUGCCUGUUGCUGCUUCUUCUGCUGCAGCUGCAACUGCAGCUGCUGGUUCUUUGGCUGCUAAGAGAAGCGAAAAGGAGACAGGGCAGAGGGCCCCACAGGUCGCCCCUCCCCCCACGUGCCCUCUGCCUCCGAAGGUGUCUCCUUUCUUUCUCCCGUCUCUUGGGGAGCCCCUCAGUCCCUUGGAGACACCUCAGGUAGGAGACACCUCCUUGCAGGUGGCUAUGGAUGAGAAGGUGUAUAGGGAGGCACUAGAGGGUACAGGUGCUGCUGCAGUGCCGUCCCCUGCUGCCGCAUUAGAGACAAGAACUCGCAUGCAGCAGCGCAUGCAACAGGAAAACAGGCCCACUGAGGGUAUGGGCUUUCGCAAUGUGUUGGGGGGCUUAGAGGUCACUGCAGAAGAGGGAGAGUGGUUGUGGCCUACAGACUCGUUGCAUGCAAAUCUUUGGGGCUUUUCGAAGACAGAUCCGCAUGAGCAUGCAAGUUGGUUUGUUACAGACAGGAGACAAGGGGCAGCUGUAGGUAUAGGGGACACCCCUGAAUUAACAUGGGUUUUAGGGGCCCCCUUAGAGACUGUCUCCUCUACUCGUUACCCAUCCCCAUCAGAGGUACGAGCAGCCUUAAUGGAGGCCCUUGAGCUAACUUUUCGCAUGCAUGCACAGGACAUUCAAAAAGGGAGUUCUCUUUUGGGGAAUUCCUCUAGAAGGCCUCAUGCAGGGGCCCCGCAUGCAGCAACGCUGCAGUUCAGCUUCGAUGUUGUGCCGCUGCACGAGCAGCGGCUAAUACAUGCAGAGUCCGAGGGGCCCUUGGGCCCCUCACCUAUCGAGUUAGUAGGGGAGCUUCUAGGGGAAACUUUUGCUGCUGCUGUCUUGGAGGUCUUUGAAAGAGACUUGGAGACACCUGCGCAGGCCCAGCUAUCACGAGGAGGCACACGAGAAAUUUCUCUUGUAGAAGGGGGCUUGGGGCUGCAUGCAAAGGGACACGCGGACCAAUGGAUGCGGCGGUUGGUGCUGCCAGAGGAACUAACAAGGAUAGAACUCUUAGCAUUGACGCUACAGGAGCUGAGGCUGCUGCUAGCACUAGAGGAGGAGAUGGGGGGUCCCCAGGCCCCUUUACCCUCAGAGGACUGGGCCCCUGAAGAUAGGGAAGAACGCCUUCAUUUCCUUUGGCCGCCUCAGGAGCUCCACGCGCAUGCAACAGCAAACAGGCAAAACGAGUUGCAGCAGGCUAGCAAGCGGAAGCAGCAGCAAAAGCAGCAGCAGCAAAAGCAGCAGCAGCACCAGCAAGAGCAGCAGGCCGGGGAAGCAGAUGAUGAUUACCUCCUCGAAGAAGAGGAAGCCUUCUGGGAGCUGAUGAUGGCUGAUCCUGGUGAAUGGUAA